AUGACGCCUAAACAUAGCUUCCUAGGCUUCCUCAUCAGCUUCUUCUUGAUGGGUGUAGCAGAAACUCACCCAGCCCAAGAGUCUCUGAAGCCUCAGAGAGUACAUUUUCAGUCCCGAAAUUUUCACAACACUUUGCACUGGCAGCCUGGGAGGGCUCGUGCCAGCAACAGCAGUGUCUACUUUGUGCAAUAUAAAUUGUAUGGACAGGGACAAUGGAAAAAUAAAGAGGACUGUUGGGGUAUUCAAGAAUUCUUCUGUGAUCUUACCAAUGAAACCUCGGAUGUACAGGAGGCUUAUUAUGGGAGAGUGAAGACAGCCCUGGCUGGGAUCCACUCAGGCUGGACCACAACGCAGCGGUUCACUCCCUGGUGGGAAACAAAAAUAGAUCCUCCAGUCAUGAAUGUAACCCAAGUUAAUGGAUCCUUGUUUGUGAUUCUCCAUGCCCCAAAUAUACAAUACAGAAACCAAAAAGGAAAUAAUGUAUCAAUGGAAAAUUACUAUGAGCUAGUAUACCGAGUCUUUAUAAUUAACAAUUCAUUAAAAAAGGAGCAAAAGGUCUAUGAAGGAGCUCACAGAAAUGUUGAAAUUGAAGCUCUAACACCUCACACUGGUUACUGUGUAGUAGCUGAAAUAUAUCGGCCGAUGCUAGACAGAAGAAGUCAGAGAAGCGAAGAGAGAUGUGUGGAGAUCCCUUGA